AUGCAGUUGUUUCGGCUAAGGAGCUACAAUGGGAACAGGUAAGGCGUGAAUUGCGACUUACAGAGAAUUUUCUAGGGCACUUCGGAGGUCGUUGACAGUCCAUCGAAGUUUCAAAAUUGUAAGCAUACAUCGGCUGGUCGCGGAAAAAAGUCCUGGAAAUUUUUUUGCGGUUCUGCACUGUGCGCUUUGUCGCGUCUGAGAAAAGGUCGGGCCGCAUCAGGACUUUUUGCCUCAGGUACUCUCAGUCUGUCGGGAAAAUAAUGUGGAUUCCUCGCGCUUUGGAAUCGCCCAUCAUCGCUUUGCAACGACCAGCCGGAGCUGGAAAUUUGGUGCGCGAGAGCGACGAGGCGAGACAUUUUUCUGCGACAAGUCCAUAUUAUUUUCCCGACAGACUGAUAUGUCGAUUUCUUGGCCGGAUUCUUCGCAACUCAAACAAAUUUUUUCAGUUAUGUUUUAUUCUUGUAUUACUCCUCCUCUUGGCAUUUUCAACCAACCUUUACUCCAAUCACAGCGUUUCUUAUGAAGUUGCGGAGAAAACGGCGAUAAAACGCUUCAACAUGGGCAAAUGCAAGCCAAUUUAUGGAAAAGUCUCCGUGUUUGUGGCGAUGCGAAGCUCGGAAGUGGGACGGUAAGUAAUUUGGUCAUUGCAUUAUACCAAUUGAAGGAACUGUCCGUCGGGGAAAUAAUGUGGAUUUGUCACACCUUGUAAUUGCCCAUCGUCGCUUUCCGACGGCUAAUCGCGGCUGUGGCGACGAGACGACACAUUUGCUGUGAUAAAUUCACAUUAUUUUCCCGACAGACUGGUGUUACCUUGAAUUAUAGAGCAAAAGCUAUACAACACAUUUUUUUUGAAACCCAGGGUUCAAAUUUUUGUCUGCAAUUUUGCAAACAAGGCCUUUGGCAAUCCGAAAAAAAUCAAUAUCGCUGUAUUACCUUCAAAUUAGCCAUCUCUUUUCAGAAGAUACACAGUGGCUCAAGACUCUCUCCGUUGCUACCUCAAAGGCACUAAUUACACUUUAUUUUACGUCGAUCUAAGUAAUGAUCCUGAGGUUCGAAGAUACUGCACUCACGAAAACGUCUUCUUCCGGAAACAUUGUGCCGCUUCCGUCUAUUUGAGCAAAACGGAUUGGAUGCUGGUGUUGGAUGCAGAUACUGCCGUUGUCAAUCCGAAUCAUUGCAUUGAAGAGUACAUUGACCCACGGGUUGAUCUUGUUUUCUACGAGAGGUUCUUCAAUUGGGAGAUUACCGCUGGCAAUUAUUUGGUAAGUCAUAGGAAAAGUGUCUGCUUAUUAAACUGUCCAAAGUCUAGCCAACAAAGUCACCAUGUAAAGACUUACAUUGGCCUCCUUUACCAUUUUUUCAUUCGAUCCCGGCUUGGCAGACGAAGGGGUAUUGUGAAUACAAGCACCCCAUACAAUGAAGCACCUGAUCCAGUGGCAAAAAAACGUACCAUUUUGCAUCCGGGAAGUAUCAAAAAAUGUAGCAAAAUGCCUCCCCUCCAAGUGAAAAAACUUCGUUUUGAAAGGCACGUCUUUUCCCUUUCAAAAAUAGCGGGCGUUUUUUUUGAAAUCGGAGUUUUUUUCACUUGGAGAGGGAGGUAUUUUGAUACAUUUGUAUAUGCCCCAGAUUCGAAAAAAACCGUCUUUUUUGGCCAAAAACUGUGGCCUUACAAAAAGAGCGGGCGCGCUUUUGAAAUCGGGGUUUGGAGAGGUAUUUUGCCGCAUUUUUGAUACUUUCCGGAUGCAAAAUGGUACGGUUUUUGCCACUGGAUCGGGUCUCCCACUGCAUGUAUUUUCAGGUCAAGAAUACAGACUUUGCCCGCCGAUUCCUGAGGCAAUGGGCCGAUUACGAGUAUAAUCUUCCAGACGGCGGCUUCCAUGGCUACGAUAACGGAGCUAUUCAUGUGGGUCUGAACGUAACAUUUCACCUUUUUCCAAAUGUUUAGAUCCACGUUCUCCGAACGGUUCUUCCCAAAGCCGUCGAUGAAACCGAGGCUUGCCAGACCCUCUGGGCGAACGCAAGCGACUACGACACGUACUUGGCCUACGUUACAUGCGUGAAGUUUAUGUUGGGGGCAGUUCGAGUUUUCCCGCCAAUGUUGAGGAUUUUGAAACGAGGCCAUGGAAUGGCGAGGGAUGGAGUUUUAACGAAUGAGGAGUUCUGCGAAGCCGAUUUUAUGCUUCACGGAUACAAACAGAACUCUCUCGAUGAACGAGAUUGGGAAAGUCCGUUUGAGGUAAAAAAUAAGUUGUUAGGGAAGUUUCUCAAAGCGCGGAUGUUUUAAUGUUUUUAAAUUUCUAAAUUAUCGUGAUUAGAAAACACUUCAUAUCAAUGCUGCAAAAGUAUUAGUUCCUGCUUCCCAUCAAAGAUACUCAACGCCGAGAGAAUAUAGAAAAUGAGGAGAGCUGUCAGAAACGAAAACAUUUUCCCUUUCUAAAAGUACAGUGGGGACCUGAUCCAGUGGCAAAAAAUGUACCAUUUUGCAUCCGUGAAGUAUCAAAAAUGUGGCAAAAUGCUUCCCUAAGUGGAAAAGCUCCGAUUCCAAAAGCGUGCCCGCCCUUUUUGUGAGGGAAAGGCCCUUCAAAACGAAGUUUUUUCACUUGGAGAGGGAAGCAUUUUGCCACAUUUUUUGAUGCUUCCCGGAUGCAAAAUCAUACGUUUUUUGCCACUGGAUCAGGACCGUCAGUGUAUAUCGCUUUGCUUUGCAGGCGCAGAUACGCAUCGAUCUCUGUGUCUUCGACGGCGGAACAAAGAAAAAAAUUUGCGGCCAAGGGAGUACGGAAAACUCGGAGAGCGGUCAGAGAGAAAAAUACUUUUUGGUCAUAAUUUUGCUAGUUUUUUGCGGAAAAAAUAAUUUUUUUGUGGAUACAUUAUCCUCUACUGUAAAAAUAGAGAAACUUUUCGUGCCAAAAUUCGGCAAAAAGUGUCAAAUUUUCGCCGACUUUCGAUCUAAAAACCUCGGUUGUUUCUGCAAAGCGCGAGCUAGAAUUCUCGAAUAUACUUUAGAAAAAAUUAUACUAAAUUUGCAAUAAGUUUUGUCAAAGUCUGAGCGUCGCACUUGCCGAACUUUUCUUGCGAAAAACCUCAUAUUUACAACUCUACUUUCACCUUUUCAGAAGCCCGUCAAUCUUUCGCUUUGCGGCAACGGCUACGAUGGCUGGUAUUGGCGGCAAAACAAACGAGUCUCCUGUCGGUCCGUUCACGAAUCUCUGGCGAUCUACGAAAGAUUCGCCGCGGACACGUACGCCGCGCCGGGAAGGCAGAUUCCGCACCUCAUUUUGCCGGAGAUCGGAAAUUGUUGGCCUAAUUGUGAUUUGAAUUGAAAUCUUCAUGACGAAAAAUCUCAUUGCCUAUGGCAAUGAAAAUGCACAAUUUGCAUUUCAAUUUAGAUUUUCAUAGGGAGUUUCUUUAGUCGAAUAAAAAGUUAUUGAAAUAUCAUCCACUGCAAGUCGUUUUUUGAUUACUUUUUUAUGGCGUUUAUAGUCGUCAAUAUUAUAAACACUAUGCAAUCGAUUUUCCGCAUUUAAAAGCGGCUUUGAUUUCUCGAAUAUAGUGGUCCAGAGGUCCAUAUAAAGGUUGUCAUACAAGUAUUCGAAAAUUUUUUUUUCAGAAUCGCGAUUUUCGGUGCACAAAAAAGUCGACGCCCAAAUCGAAAAAUUGGCGUCGAAUUAUUUUUUUCUCGGCACCGAUUCUGAAAACCGGUGCAUUUUUCUGUUUUUCGAAAUCAGUGCACACAGUCUUAAGUCUGCACUGAAAGCUUAAGCGCUUAAGUCAGCACCGCAUUUCGGAAUUCGGUGCUGAAAAAAUUGAGUCGACCUAUCCACCUUUAUAUCAGUCUGUCGGGAAAAUAAUGAGCACCAUGUUGCUGCGCCGAUUACGUCGCUAAAAAAAGCGAUUUAAUUUUGUCGCGACACAAUUCAUUUUCUCGCCGGCGAUGCGAUUUUCGAUGCGACAGAACACUGACUAUUUGUCUGUCGGGAAAAUAAUGUGGAUUUGUCGCAGCAAAAUUUUUCACUUCCUCAGCGCAACACUUCAUUUUCUCAUCGACGACGCAAUUUCCAAAGCGAUCGAAUGCUCAUUAUUUUCCCGACAGACUGAUAUUCCAUCGCAGAAAGCCCUAACUUUCUCUCAUUUCAGCGCAGUAAUGAGUUCUGCAGCCUUUCUGGCAGCCCAACAUCAAUUUUCAACCAAACUUCUGGGUGAACUUGCAACUAGUUCUUCCAGCGGGAAUGUCCUGCUUUCGCCGAUCUCCAUUCUCUCCGUUCUGUCGAUGAUCUACAGCGGCGCAGUGAAUGAGACGAAGAAAGAGUUCGGCCGGACCGUGGGAUACGGUAAGCUCAGAUUUUGAAAAAAAUUUUGCCCAAAAACUUUCAGAAGGCGGCGAAGACGAAUGGAACAGCUACCUUGGCUGUUUACUCCGGUCAUUUGACAAGGAAAGUACUUCUAUGGGGUGUGGAAUUACCGGUCGAGAUAUAUAUCAAAAAAUUCGCAAAAAUUUUCUGAUUCAGAAUAUAUAAAAAUUAGCUGCCUAAUUUUGGUCUGAUGACAUGUUUUUGUCCUCAGAAGUUUUCUCGCGACACCAUGCAAGUGUCUUUUUGACCGUGUUUUUACCAAUAAAAAAUUUUGUUUUGUGCUAAAAUAAAUUUUGAGGCCUUGACAAGCCUUAAAAUAUCAAAUUUGAUUACAACUACACCUUAAAAGUAGUUCCAAUGUAAAAAAUGGGUUCUAGUGUGGAAAAAGGAAUCGAACCCGUCCCCUUCGGAUUCCCAAUCUAGCGCUCUAACCACUCGGCCACACCGCUCUCUUCCGAAGGAAGAGACCGAGCUCGCUUUUGUUGCCGCAGAUUUUUUUUCCUCGAGAAAUACAUUUAUUGAUAAAACUCGUUAAUAGACCAAAAUUAGGCAGCUAAUUUUUAUAUAUUCUGAAUCAGAAAAUUUUUGCGAAUUUUUUGAUAUAUAUCUUGACCGGUAAUUCCACACCCCAUAGAAGUACUUUCCUUGUGAAGAAAGGAACAAGAGCUACACCCUCGAGAGCGCUAACAAAAUCUUCUUGAAGAAGGGAUUCAAUCUCAAAGAGGGGUUUGAAAAGAAGAUGACGAAAUAUUUUGACGCUCCAUUCCAAGAGCUGGACCUCCAAAAGCAGGCGGAGGCCGCUGGAAUUGUCAACAAAUUUGUAGAGGAGAAAACUCACAACAAGAUCAAAAGCAUUCUUAGUCCGGGCGACAUCACAGAUGACUUGAGGUAGGCUUGAAUUUGGUCAAAUUAAUCUAAGGAUUUCACAUUUUUUUUACUGCGGCAUAGAGAUGAAAUAUCAUGUCGUCGAGGCUCUUCCGAUAUCUUUUAAAUCGUGCCCACGCGUUCUGCAAAGGUUGUGGAAUAAUUAUGGGAAAUUUUAGCUAGCACUUUACAGGGGAAGCGGAGAUAUAGGGAGUGUCCCUAGGUCGGGUUCAAAGAAAAAAUGGUUAAGUGGGUGAAGGUAACUUUAAAAUCUUUUUACAUAGUGACCCUCCCAGGCCUCUGGUGUGUGCGUCGCCCCAUACUUGGCGACGCACACACCGCAUGGCAUGCCACAGAAUGCCGCAGCGUUUUUUAAGGAUCCAGUGGCAAAAAACCUACCAUUUUGCAUCCGGGAAGUAUCAAAAAUGCGGUAAAAUGCAUCUUUCUCCAAGUGAAAAAGAACUCUGGUUUCAAAAGCGCGCUUUUUGUGAGGGAAAGGGCGCGCCCUUCAAAACGGUUUUUUCAUUUGGAGAGGGAAGCAUUUUGCCACAUUUUUGAUGCUUUCCGGAUGCAAAAUGGUACAUUUUUUUCCACGGGUCCGUCACUGUACAACCAAGCUCCGCGACUUUUUAAUUUUUUUGGAAUGCCCUUUUUUUCUCUAGCCAUAUCUCGCUUGCCGUUUGCGCUAGAAGUCUAAAAUUGGGCAUGGGUGCAGAGUAAAAAGCCGGCUUUCAGAAAAUAUGGAUAUUGUAAGGAACCUCGCAACAUAAACUUUGCAAUGGCAAUUGAAAAAAAUUCAUUUUUUUAAUUUUAUGCGAUAUUUAUAAAUUUUUAUACGAUCAUGUCACCUACACUUUUGGGUCGCGGAAGUUUUAGAAAUGGUGGCUAGGUUUCAAUAAAACAAUUUAACAAGUUUUUCUUCAGAAUUCUCCUCGUCAACGCGCUGUAUUUCAAGAGCUCUUGGCAGGAACGCUUCAAUCCGAUUUUAACUAGCCAAAAAGAAUUUUUUGUUGAGCCGAAGGUUUCACGAAAAGUAAGUACUGUAAUUUGAAUGCAGAAUAACAAGUAAACACAUUCCAUUUCAGGUGAGGAUGAUGAAAAAGAAAUCCCAAUUCAUCUACCACGACGCUGACGACCUUCAACUCUUGGGCAUUCCCUACUCCGGCAAUGAAACCUACAUGUUUAUGAUAUUGCCAAAAAGAGUUGAAGCGAUUAACAGCAUCUCCAGCGUCUUGGAUGGGAAACGCCUGCAAUCGCUGUUGAGCCGGCGGGAAAGGCAGUUGGUUAAUGUUGAGAUACCGAGAUUCAAACUUGAAGAAAAGACUUUGCUGAACAGAGCGAUGGAAAAGAUUGGGCUCAAGCGAGGGUUCAGCGACGACGCCCAAUUCACAGACAUAGCCAAUGGAAAGUUGAAAAUUAAUAAGUUGUUGCAUAAGGUUUUCAUUGAGGUGAGAUUGAAGUUGCUUAUUAUCAAUCUGUCCGGAAAAUAAUGAGCACUGUCGCAUCGAAAAUCGCGCCGCUGCCGAGAAAAUGAAUUGUGUCGCGACAAAAUCAUACUGCUUUUCUCUUCAGCGACACAAUCGGCGCAGCGACAUUGUGCUCAUGAUUUUCCCGACAGACUGAAAAAAAUGAAAAAAAAAAAACAUUUUCCAGACCAACGAAGAGGGCACUGAAGCCGCAGCUGCAACUGCGGGCGGGAUGUUUGGAAUCCGCCCUUCCAUGCCAGAGGUGGUCCCCGAUUUCAUCGCCAAUCAUCCCUUCAUAUUCUUCAUUACGACCAAAAAGAACGACAUUCUGUUCGAAGGGAUCAUCAGAGAGAUAAAAAAUUGA